GAAAAGAUGGCAUUACAAUGGUCUUUGUUCUUAACGUGCAUUUGCUUUAAAGUUACUCCAACAGAAGCUUCAUCUUGGACAGUCAAUGUGCCACCCUCAGUGAAAGGUCUCCUUGGCUCAUGUGUGGUGAUCCCCUGCUCUUAUAAAUACUCAGAUAUACAAAAAGAGGUCACAGGCUUUGUAGCGAUUUGGUACGAUUACAAGGAUCGAACUAUCUAUCAUUCUGAUGCAUCUCAGACUCUGGAACAGUUUCGGACUCGGACACAGCUGCAGGGAGACAUCAGCAAGAAGAACUGUACUCUGAUGAUUGAUAAUCUUCAACAAAAUGAUGGAGGGCCUUUUCAUUUCAGGACUGAAAUUAAAGGCUAUGACCAGUUUUCCUACAAAAACAACAAAGUCUCUCUUUCAGUGAUUAGUGAACCAAACCCCAUCGACUUCUCUGUGCAAGCGGAGGUAAAGGAGGGUCAAACUGUGUCUGCAUCCUGCUCUGUGUCUCACUCCUGCCCCACAUAUCCACCUGCUUUCCACUGGAGUCACUUUGGAGUUCAGCGUUUUCACACACAGCAGCUUCAAGAAGGUCAGUGGAAGGCAACAUCCACUCUGACCUUUCGCCCAAACCACACUGAUCACAACAAACCUUUACGAUGCAGAGUAAAAUUCCAUGGAGGAACGCGCCAAGAAUCAUCGAAGACCCUUAAAGUAAAAUAUGCUCCAGUGAAUGUGAAGGUCGAGUACCAGUCCAAUGUAAAUGAGGGAGAAACUAUGAACCUGAAGUGCUCCAGUGAUGCCAACCCUGCCAGCAGCUACGAGUGGCACAGUAACACUGCUGCUCUGCUGUACAAGGGACAAAACUACACAAUGUCAAAUGUCUCCAGACACUCAGUAGAGGCCCUGUACUGCACUGCUAUCAAUGCAGAAGGACGAGCCAGAUCAAGCCCUGUGCAGCUCAGUGUGUUAUAUGCUCCUGACAUUAAAAAUUCCUCUAAGUGCUCCUUAGAGUGGGAUGAGGUAAAGUGUGAGUGCAUCGUAGAGUCUAAUCCUCCCAGCAUGGUUUAUUUUGUUCUUGCUGACAGAGUCCUGCAAAGCAGCAAAAUACAGGAAAAUGUCUCUGUUACUACUGGGACUCUUCAGGCUCACUUUGGGUCCUUCCUGCUCGUUCACUGCCUGGCAAACAACACGCUGGGAAAUGCUAACCUCACACUCGCUUUACCUGUUACUGGCAAAAUGCAGAAUAUUUUCAUAGCUGCUGGAGCAGGUGUGAUUUUUCUGAUUAUUUUGAUUGCCACUGGUGUAGGAGUUGUUAAGAAAUGCAAGGGGAACUCAAGAGACACACCCAAACCUGACUCAAGCGCCACGAAAGCAGAGAGACCCGUGGAGCUCCCUCAUUAUGCCCCAACAAAGAGGAAAAUGAACAGGCAGGAUAUCCUUUGCCCUGACAUUUAUGCCAAUGAUCACAUCUAUGGCAAUACUGACUGUGAUGAGUCAAUAUACAACAACGUGUGA